CAAUGUUGACCUUUGGACCUAAAUUCGUAAUUCUGCUAUUCUGUAUCAAGUCGGAGCCUCCAACUUCUUCCUCCAAGCACUGGUCAAUCCUUUUGUUUUCCUUUCAUCGGAUCUAUCCAUCACUUUUAUCCCCGUUUCUGGUUGAAUUGCGUUUAGAUGGCUUCCAAGAGAAUCGUGAAGGAGCUCAAGGAUCUCCAGAAGGAUCCACCUACUUCUUGCAGUGCAGGGCCUGUUGGUGAAGACAUGUUCCAUUGGCAAGCUACAAUUACGGGUCCUACUGAGAGCCCUUAUGCUGGAGGUGUAUUUCUUAUAUCUAUUCAUUUUCCUCCAGAUUAUCCAUUCAAGCCUCCUAAGGUUGCAUUUAAGACAAAAGUCUUCCAUCCCAACAUAAACAGCAACGGAAGCAUAUGUCUUGAUAUUCUUAAAGAACAAUGGAGCCCAGCACUUACUAUAUCCAAGGUAUCACAAGGGUAACAGCAUAGACACCAAAUUACUGAAAUCAAAGGCUUUGGGCAAACUGUAUUUGUUUCUUGAUCAAAGUUUAUUAUUGAAUUGGCAUUGAUAUUUAGAUACUAACUUUGGGAUUAUCGAUUCUUGCGAUAGCCCGGACACGAUUAGUAAAUUGGGAAUCAUCUCUCUAAUUUUCUUUAUUAUUAGUCACAUUGAGUUUGCCUGCAUUUCUCCAACUGAUGCCCAAGUUUUCAUUACCACUUUAAAAUUUCCGUUUGACAUGGACUACUUGCAAUCUUAGCACACUUGUGCAAAUUCAAGAAGAGGUAUUUAGUCUAUGAGAAGUGAGAUCAAUAAUGGAUGAUCAAGUAUGAGCUCAAUCUUUGGGCUUUGGGUUCAUUACUUGGUUCCUCCCACCCUCUUCCCAAACCAAAAUGAAAAAGAACUUGGUUAGGGGAUUAUGGUGGUUUUUAUUUGUGGGUUAAACUCCGACUUUAAGCGAUCAAGUCUAAUUAUUAAGUGGUAUACCGUAUAUUUUUGUGGCCAAGAUACCUUUUCUCGAUUUAACUGUCAAGGCCUCAAGGGCAUGUGCUUCUUGCGAAUUUAUUUCUAGAAGAAAAAAGAGACUUGCUUUGUGUUUGGAUAGAGAGAAAUAGAGGGGAAGGAAGGGGAGGGAUUUAGAAGGACGAAGGAUCCCUUGUUUGGAUAACAAAAACGGAGAAAAGGAAUUUGGGGGGCAUAGGUUUGUAGAGAAAAUAUAGACAAAUUUUGUUAAGAUAUAUCUCCUAAAGUGGACUAAUUUGGAGGGAAAACGGUCAUUUUCCUUCCUUUUACCUUCUCUUGUCCUCUGAACAAAUAAGGUAUACUCUCCCUCUUUACCCCUCCUUUUCCCUUCCUUUACUUCCCCUUCCCUUUUUUUUUCUCUCCUAAUUUGCUAUCCAAACAUAGUUUAAAAGUUUUUCCCCACUGGCUAUUGGGCAAGAGGAGCUGGUACUUGUUAUGAUGAUUUUAUUCAAAAUUUAUUACAUUAUAUAAAUUCAACUUGAACAUGUUUCAGGUUCUUCUAUCCAUCUGUUCACUUUUGACUGAUCCAAACCCAGAUGAUCCCCUUGUUCCGGAGAUUGCUCAUAUGUACAAGACAGACAGAUCAAAGUAUGAAGCCACCGCCCGCAGUUGGACUCAGAAGUAUGCUAUGGGUUGAUUGUCCGUACUGUAAGCGAUCUUGGCCUUUUGUUUAUCACAUCUGAGACAAAAUUUGGAGUGAAAAGUGAUUGGAGUUCCGCCUUUGUGAAUACUAUAUAAAAUUUACUGCAUCCUAUGAUCUACCUAUCGAGUUGUUUUCUUGAGAUGUGUAUGCGUUUAAGCAUCGAAAGAAAAUUGUUGACACUGGAUUAUUUGUGUUAUUAAAACUACUUUUAAGUAGUUUGUUGUCAGCCUAUUCAAAAUACUCAUAUCCAUGUGCUGAUUACUGCUA